CAGAAUGUUUACCAGCUGAGCAGAAAAAGAAGCAGGGUAGUGAGCGCCAAAGACUGCACUGAAAUACGUUUUUUCUACCCCCCCACCCACCCACACGUAAUCUACAUUUUCUACCCUUUUCAAAAUCUCCCAGUCAUAUUUGCAAGGAGAAGAAGGGAUCCAGUAACUUUUUUUUCCUGAUUGUAGACCAGUUGAUGAGACGGAUAUAAAAUGAAAACUGAGGUAUCCACAGCAGCGAAUUUCAUCUCCAGAUUACUGAAAACAACUGGACUGCUAUCCGAGGAGCAACUUCAGCAUUUCAGCCAUUCCCUCGAAAAAUCUCUGGGAGAGCACUACAAGCACCACUGGUUCCCUAACGCUCCCUGCCGAGGCUCAGCUUACAGAUGCAUCAGAAUCAACGAGAACCACAAGAUGGACCCGGUCAUCGGUGAAGCCGCCGGCACCAUCGGACUGACCAGAGAACAGCUCUUCACCCUUCUGCCCAGUGAGCUUACCAUGUGGGUGGACCCAUACGAGGUGUCAUACCGGAUAGGAGAGGACGGCUCCAUCUGCGUUCUUUAUGAAUCUGAGCCAUCAUCAUCAUCAUCAUCAUCAUCAUCAUCAACACAGCCUGAAACAGCCUCUAACCAGAGCCAAGGGGACAGCAACAACAGAGCCAGUUCAGGCAACUGCAAAGGUGAACUGAGAGUGGGGAUGGGAAGGUCCAAAAAGCCCAAGUCCUUCACCAUGAUAAGGAUUUCCAGCAGCUAAAUGUUUACCUGCCCCAUCCACCUGGACACUUGGACAUAGGUCAGACACACAUAUUAGAAUAAUUGUUAAUUUCUUUCUUUUUUUAAUAUUAAAAUAUGUUUAGUACUCUGAAUAUCAACUUGUUCACCUUUAUGGAUACUACAUAGGGUCUAUUUUGAGAUUAUUGACAGAAGAUUAAUUUUAAUGUAUGUUCUUGAUGUUGCUAAUUUAUAUACAGUAUAUUAAAACACACUGCAUUUGAA